UGGGGUUUCACCAGGUUGGCCAGGCUGGUCUCGAACUCCUGACCGCAGGUGAUCUGCCUCCCUCCCAGAGUGCUGGGAUUACAUGUGUGAGCCACCACGCUCAGCCCAAAAUACUGAUUCUUUAUGUGAUUGCUGCAUGUCUCCCCUGAAUGGAAUCCCAACUCCAAGAACAGUGUCUGCUGGCACAGGUAGCACUUAUGUGUUUGUUGAACUCCAGUGGUUGACCAGGAGCCUUUUCAAUAGUCUUUAAUCUAGGGUGACAGAUGAGCCUCUGGGCAUUCUGGGGCUCUUUGGGACAGUUCUCGGCAACUGUUCACACUGCACAUGGAGGGCUUCAACCGAUCCAGGGUCUGAAUCAGCCAAGAACUUAGACACAGCUUCAGCCCAGGAGAGGUGUCCUCUCUCAUGAACGAAGAGCUCUCUAAAAUGCCUAUGACUGCAACAACAACAAGGAGUCCUUGAUCACACAGCAGGAGGCACACGCGCCCUGUGAACUCGGUGGCUGCAAUCCUUGUGAUGGUGCUUUUGGCUAUUUCAGAAGAGGGAAAUGUAAAUAAACCUGCCCUUUAUCUCCGUUAGUUUGAAUUUACCCAAUCUCCCUCAUAACUAAUAAAAAUAACAAUACACAUAAAUAUAAUUUAGUUUGUUUUUAUUUCAGCAGUUGUACAUGGGUUUUUUACCUGCCCCACAUUCUGUCUCCUGAUCCCCCAAUAGAGUUUUGCUAAGUAUUUCUCAGCUGCUCACACCCCUUAGAAACACACUUGGCAUGCACCCCGAGGCCCUGCUCUUCUGUCCCUGUCCCACCACUUCAGGCCUGCUGGGGAAUGGGUCUCUCUGUGGGCCACAGGUAUAACCACUGUAUUUUCCUUGUCUGCACCAGGGACACCUUGGCACUCAGAUGCCUGAAGGCAGCAGCUUGUCCCUCUUCGCCUCCUCUAAUUAGAUAUUUAUUUCUCUCUCUCUCUCUCUGUCCAUAAAGAAAACUAUGAGAGAGGGAAUUACAGGUAGAGGGCUAGAAGUUUUUGGACAUGAGCUAUUUCUAUCUUCUGAUAUGGUUAACCAGAAAGAAAAAAUCCUGCAGACAAAUUUCUCCUCAGUCAGGUAUUUCCUAACCAAGUUUGAGGGGAUGAACAUGCUCUCCUUUUCCUUUUCCAUAAAGCUGAGGAGGAGAGUGAGGGAGUGUGGGCAAGAGAGGUGGCUCAGGCUUUCCCUGGGCCUGACUGAACUUUGAAACUUCUCUACUAAUUAAACAACACUGGGCUCUACACUUUGCUUAACCCUGGGAACUGGUCAUCAGCCUUUGACCUCAGUUCCCCCUCCUGACCAGCUCCCUGAUGCACCCUGGCCUCUGGAACCUCUGUGAGAUUUAGAGGAAAGAACCAGUUUUCAGACAGAUUGCCUCAGACCAACCAUCUCCACUUGCCCAGCCCUGUGGAAGAUUAGCGACCAUGUAUUCCAAUGUGAUAGGAACCGUAGCCUCUGGAAAAAGGAAGGUUUAUCUUCUGUCCUUGCUGCUCAUUGGCCUCUGGGACUGUAUGACCUGUCACGGGAGCCCUGUGGACAUCUGCACAGCCAAGCCGCGGGACAUUCCCAUGAAUCCCAUGUGCAUUUACCGCUCCCCAGAGAAGAAGGCAACUGAGGAUGAGGGCUCAGAACAGAAGAUCCCCGAGGCCACCAACCGGCGCGUCUGGGAACUGUCGAAGGCCAAUUCCCGCUUUGCUACCACUUUCUAUCAGCACCUGGCAGAUUCCAAGAACGACAAGGAUAACAUUUUCCUGUCACCCCUGAGUGUCUCCACGGCUUUUGCUAUGACCAAGCUGGGUGCCUGUAAUGACACCCUCAAGCAACUGAUGGAGGUAUUUAAGUUUGACACCAUAUCUGAGAAAACAUCUGAUCAGAUCCACUUCUUCUUUGCCAAACUGAACUGCCGACUCUAUCGAAAAGCCAACAAAUCCUCCAAGUUAGUAUCAGCCAAUCGCCUUUUUGGAGACAAAUCCCUUACCUUCAAUGAGACCUACCAGGACAUCAGUGAGUUGGUAUAUGGAGCCAAGCUCCAGCCCCUGGACUUCAAGGAAAAUGCAGAGCAAUCCAGAGCGGUCAUCAACAAAUGGGUGUCCAAUAAGACCGAAGGCCGAAUCACCGAUGUCAUUCCCCCGGAAGCCAUCAACGAGCUCACUGUUCUGGUGCUGGUUAACACCAUUUACUUCAAGGGCCUGUGGAAGUCAAAGUUUAGCCCUGAGAACACAAGGAUGGAACCAUUCUACAAGGCUGAUGGAGAGUCGUGUUCAGUGUCUAUGAUGUACCAGGAAGGCAAGUUCCGUUAUCGGCGCGUGGCUGAAGGCACCCAGGUGCUUGAGUUGCCCUUCAAGGGUGAUGACAUUACCAUGGUGCUCAUCCUGCCCAAGCCUGAGAAGAGCCUGACCAAGGUGGAGCAGGAACUCACCCCAGAGGUGCUGCAGGAGUGGCUGGAUGAGUUGGAGGAGAUGAUGCUGGUGGUCCACAUGCCCCGCUUCCGCAUUGAGGACAGCUUCAGUUUGAAGGAGCAGCUGCAAGACAUGGGCCUUGUCGAUCUGUUCAGCCCUGAAAAGUCCAAACUCCCAGGUAUUGUUGCAGAAGGCCGGGAUGACCUCUAUGUCUCAGAUGCAUUCCAUAAGGCAUUUCUUGAGGUAAAUGAAGAAGGCAGUGAAGCAGCUGCAAGUACCGCCAUUGGGAUUGCUGGCCGUUCGCUAAACCCCAACAGGGUGACCUUCAAGGCCAACAGGCCUUUCCUGGUUUUUAUAAGAGAAGUUCCUCUGAACACUAUUAUCUUCAUGGGCAGAGUAGCCAACCCUUGUGUGAGCUAAACUGUUCUUAUUCUUUGUACCUCUUCCUAUUUUGGUUUGUGAAUAGAAGUAAAAAUAAAUACAACUACUCCCAUCUUACAUUAUAAAUGGACUCUGCAUCUGAAAUGAAGACAAGGAAAGGGGAAACAUGCUAUUGGGGCAUUUGGUAAAAUGAUGCCUUCAAGUUGUUCUUUGCCCAGUAACCACAUCUGGAUCAAGAAAAUGAGGGAGACAGCGAUGAAAGAUGGUAGACAGCCAGAAAGGAAUGGGAGAGUGCAUUCUCAGGAUUUCCAUGACACUAAAAAAUAUCAAUAAAAACAAAUUUAAACAAAUUGUUUCUAUAUAUGGAAAAGACAGAUUCAAACCUGAGUAUUAAACCAUUUAAUUCUCAAACCACUCACAUGCAUAAUGUUCUUUUACACAGUGUUAAAAUAAAGAGGAAAAUGCAUUUUUAUACAAACAGAAUUUCAAGUAUACAUUAAUAGACUUUUCAGAUUACUAACCAAGUUGCUAAGAUUUCAUUCACAUUGUUCUUAAAGCUGUUCAACGAGAAAGCUUUUGCUAAACUGUUUUAAAUAUGUUUAUAUAAACCCAUAUUUUCACUCUUUCUUUGAAUCUCCCUCCCCCAACCCGAGUCUCUGCCCACCCUCCUGCCCUCCCCCCUUCCCCGACACGACAGGGGUCCUGGGGCUCUAGGAGACAUGCAACCCCAUCAAGAACUAUUGGCUCGUCAUCAGGGGAAGGACAGAAUCUUACAGGAGGAGAGACUGAGAACAUCUGUCAAAUGAAGGGAGAACAAAUCUGAUACUUAGAAAUGACACAAAUCAGGACCAUAUUUUAGAUCUUUGUGUUUUCACUUGAUUUUUAAUUUAAAAAAUCUCAGCCUCCCACAAAACACCACCAAAGUUUCUGACAAAUUGGUAGCUGUGAAAAUAAUCUUAGUUUUUCCUCAGUGAAACUUCCAAAAUCAGGACAGGUACUUAGAAAUCUUUUUUGAUUUGGUGGUUCUUUUCCCCUUUGGCAUGGAGUGGGGGCCACUUAAAAGUGGAUGCUAUUACUUGUGUGUUUACAUUAAGAAAUUUGGUUAAUUUCACAGGGUCUGGCAAGAGUUCUCCCUCCUUAACUCUCCUCCUGAAGUAAUCUGGCUUCAGGGCCAGGAACAGCCACUCUCCUUAGGAAUUAAAGUGCAUUUUUUUUCAGUAAAGGAAAAGAGGGGGAGGUGGUGGUUUACACUUAAGUGAUAAUGAUUAAAGUAGGGU